AUUAGUUUCUCGAAACAUCACAGAUAACAUGACAUAUUUUCACAAUUACAUGUGAAAACCUCGAGUCGUAUCAGUGUUUGAUUGUAUUGCUGAAUGUGUUGAUCGAUUUUAUAUUUUCAAUGUUUUCUGUAUCCCAAGUUUUUUUUAUCGUCAUAGGUUGCCUGACACUGACUUAUUUCAUGCAUAUUAUAAAAAAUAAUUUCUUUAUUGUUGCUGUCGUUUUUAUAGCUUGUUAUUAUAAACAUUUUAUACUAGAUCGGCGACAAGAUGACGACGAAUAUGAAUAAUAAGGAAAUGAAAAUUAUUAGAAACGACAGUAGAAAUGAUGAAGAGGAGAAAUCACCAAACAACAUUCUUAUAUAUUUGAAAUCAGCUGAUGGGGCUGUCUUCAGAGUACCUGCAAAAAUAUUGAGAUGUUCAAAUACCCUUAAUUCCAUGUUUGAACACUCAGAUCAAAAAGAUGAACUUGAUGUGAUUAAGUUACCUUUAAUUAAUGCAAACAUUUUGCAAUUAAUUAUCUGUUGGGCCAAACGACACCAUUCGGAUCCAAUAAUUUCAGAUGAAUUGGAUGAAAUGAGGAGCCAAGCACUUCGAGAUGAAAAUGAAUUCAGAUUUGAAGAUUUACACACAAUAGUGGGCCUCUGUAGGGCAGCCAAUUAUCUAGACAUAAAAAGAUUGUUCAACGUCACUUGUAAAAUUAUCGCCAGUUUGAUCAGUGGAAAAAGCCCCCAAGAAUUAAAGAAAAUGUUCGAUUUUAUAAGACAGGAUUGAAUUUUCGUCAUGACCAUAUCAAUUGUACAACAUUUCAUUUGCAUAUUGAAAAAUUAUGAAUUGUAAACCUUUUUUUAACUGUUUCAUGUUUUAUAUAAAAAAUAUUGAAUAAUGCCCACAAUUUUGACGCAAUUUCAUCUAAUUGUUAUUUAGAGUAUAUUCUGUAACUAAUUCAUUUGAAAUAAAGAAAUAUUUUUAUUA